GCACCAUUCUCAGCCGCCAAGUUGGUUGUUCGGAGAUGCAGACGGCGCUGGUAACGGCGGCGCUUCAGUGUCGACCCGGCCGCCGUCUUUUCGCAGGGCAGAUGCUGAUCCGUAUCGAGGAUCUCAAUUUGCCAAAGCUUGGGGCCCUGGAGCUGCUACGUGGAUUUGUGGACCAGCGCGGACUUCGAAACAGCAAGGACGACACCUGGCUUCGCGGCGAAGGGAUCCAUCUGGUGGCUAGCAGCGCUGCACCAGGGCUUACCGGCCAAGGAGCUGAACCGGGACCUCCAGGCUCCCAGAGUGGGCUCCUGAUGCCUCGCCUGGCACGGCACUUUGUGGAGCUCUUUGUCCCGGAGCCGGCGGAGGAGGAUGUCAAGAAGAUUUUCAUGGAAGUUUCCCGACAGAUAUUGCAGGUAAACGGUGCCGGCGAUGGCCUUGUCGCUGCCUUCUCUGCUCACCAGGAAGGCUCGAGCUCUGCGCGCCGAUACAAAGUCGAGGACGCACUGGCGCUGGCCACCCUCCAUUUGUCGAAGCUGAUGAAGGAUGUCUUGCGACAACAUGCACCUGCGAGGUUGGGCAUAACGAGUCUCAGGGAUGUGGCUCGGCUACUGCAAGGCGUGGCACGAGCAGCCCCGCAUCACUUUACUGAGAAGAUUCAACUGGCAAAGCUUUGGGCACACGAGGCACUGCGGACCUUCGAAGACCGCAUCACAACAGAUGCAGGUCAGCGUCGCUUUCGGGAAGUUCUCUCACAGCAGCUGGAGACCUACUUCGGCAUGGAGCCAGCUUUGGAAGGCCUCUCCUUCCGCUUGGACACGAGCUCGGGGCAAUACGUCGACUCAGACUCCCAG